CAAAGCUAUUGCUUUGUGACAGAGGCUCCCAGGGUUCCUUACUGGUGCACAUUCUCAACGUCUGGAUACUAUACCUGUGUUCUGUGAGUUUUACAGAUGGCUGAGCAUCGGAGUUGGCUUCUAGUGAGCUUAUUUUUCACCAAGGUUCUUUUCUUGGAGGCUGCAAAAAUACUGACUAUAGGUGCAAUGGGUGUAAGCCAUUAUAGAUUGAUGAACCGUGUGUCACUAAUUCUUCAAGACCAUGGCCAUAAUGUGACCAGUCUGUUUUAUGAAAAGAUGUCCAUCCCAGAUUUAAAAAAGGAGAAUAUGUCAUAUGAGAUUAUAAACUGGAGUCUACCUGAAGAUCAAGAAAAGGAAUUUGAUAAUAGAAUUUCUCUACUUUUGGAAGAAUUAUUUAUUGACAGGUUCAAUCAUCACACUCUUAUCAAGAUACAUAAAUACUUUGCAGACGUAUGCAGUCUCAUAUUAAGCAGAAAGGACAUCAUGGACUACUUAAAGUAUAAGAAUUUUGACCUAGUAUUUUUGGAUGCAGCAGAUUCUUGUUUUUUCUUGAUUGCUGAGAUACUUGAAAAACCAUUUGUGGCCUUUCUUCCCACGCAAUUUAGCCUUCUGGACUUUGGACUCCCUAGCCCCUUGUCUUAUGUUCCAGUGUAUGGUUCAAGACUAAUUGACCAGAUGGACUUCUGGGGCCGAGUAAAGAACUUCCUGAUGUUCUUUGAUUUCUUCCUGAAACAAAGACAAAUACUUUCUCAAUAUGAUGCCACCAUACAGGAACAUUUUUCAGAAGGCUCUCGGCCAGUUUUGUCUGACCUUCUGCUGAAAGCAGAGCUGUGGUUCGUCAACUCUGACUUUGCCUUUGAAUUUGCUCGUCCCCUGCUUCCCAACACAGUCUAUGUGGGAGGCUUAAUGGACAAACCUGCCAGGCCAAUACCUCAAGACUUGGAGGAUUUUAUCACUACAUUUGGAGACUCAGGUUUUGUCCUUGUGUCCCUGGGCUCUGUAGCAUCCUUGUAUCAGACCAAGGAACUUAUUAAGGAGAUGAACAGUGCCUUUGCUCGCCUCCCUCAAGGAGUGCUGUGGACAUGUAAGGAUGAUCAAUGGCCCGAAGAUGUCAGAAUGGCCCCAAAUGUCAAAAUCAUGGAUUGGCUUCCCCAGGUUGACCUUCUGGCUCAUCCUAAUAUUCGACUCUUUGUCACCCACGGUGGAAUGAAUAGCAUCAUGGAGGCCAUCCAGCAUGGAGUCCCAAUGGUGGGGAUUCCUUUCUUUGCAGACCAACCUGAAAACAUGGUCCUUAUGGAAGCCAAGAAAAUUGGUGUUACUGUUCAUGUAGACACACUCAAGGCAGAGACAUUUGCACUUACACUGAAGGAAGUCAUAGAAAACAAGAGGUACAAGACGGCAGCAAUGACUGCCAGGGCCAUCAGGCGCUCCCACCCCCUCACACCUUCCCAGCGUCUGGUGGGCUGGAUUGACCACAUCCUACAAACAGGGGGAGGCGCACAUCUAAAGCCCCAUGGCUUUCAGCAGCCAUGGCAUGUGCAGCACCUGCUGGAUGUCCUGUUGUUCCUGCUGGGGCUCACUCUGGCCACCUUGUGGCUGUUGAAGAAAGUGCUGGGCUUGUUGCUCAAGCCCCUGUGUGUGGCUAGGAAGGAAAAGAAGGCAUAAAGUUAAGUUUGACCUGGGGAGGAUGUUGUGAGCUCUGGCUCUUUAAGGGCUUCCCAGUUCCCUAGCACAAGGAACUCCCAGGGUUCUCCUCUUUCCCUCUUCCUGCAGGUGGACCUCCAGUUGUCCUCACUAUUUUCUGUCUUUUUCAUAAGCCUCAUACAGUACAUUGACAGACUGGCGACUCCUCAUUCCCUGGCUCCCCUUGCUCUAGUACAAUCCUUCUUUUCCCCGCCGUUUCUCCUCUUCCGUCCUUUCUGCCAUUCACAGUGCUGUGAGAGUUUCAUCAUCUCUGUGACUUCUAGUCUCUGAAUCUUACUUCUCCAAUCACUUGAGAUAAAAACCCCACACUUAACAAAUUCUAUUUACUCUUUUAUUUUUUUUUUGUAAUUUAUAAUCU